GUCCCUCUCCAAGGAAACCGAACCAUUCUGAUCCUUCAACCCGUGGCGCCACUGCCACCCAUCUGCCCGGUCGCCGAAACCUAGCUCCUCUCAAAGUCUCGAUUCUCCUCGCUCCUCGGCCCUCGCCCACCUCUCGCUAGUCGCUCCCCACUUCCCAGUCUCUGUGGCCGGACGCCGCGGCGAGAUGGCCUCGACCUGCUUCCGCGCCGCCGCCCGCGUGGCCUCCGCCGCCAGUCGCUCGGCGGCGGCCUACCGCUCCGCUCCCUCCGCGGCACGCGCCGUGGCAACUGCCGCCCACCGCAUAUCGUGCUUCUCCAGGGUGCCGGUGGAGCUCGGGUGCUGCGCGGGAUUGUCACUGCUGCCGCUGCACAGUGCGGUGGCGUCAGCCAGGCUGACGUCGCGGCUGAGCACGGCGUCGAGCUGCCGUGCUCUCUCUCAGCAUGAAAAUGAUGGUACGUGAAACAUUUGCCCAGUGCCUUAAGAGAUGGGUCAAUCCGUUCGAAGGUGAUAAAUGGUCAAAUGGAUGGACGACCUGCUCAUGUCAUGCUAUCGGACUGAAAUGAUUUAUGUAGAGUAGUUAUCGAAUUGAACAUCUGGAGCAUGACUUUUCAUUACCCGAUCUACAAUCAUGGAUUUUUUUUUUCAAGGUUUGAGUUCGUGCCUCCUGGUAUCCAUGAAAAAAAAAAACAUGAAGCACGGUUUGCCGACGUCUGGGUUAUAUUCGUCCAGUGCAAAUCCGAAUGCUAUCUGUGAUAAUAACAGCGAGGAACAAUUUAAGGUCACCAUGUGAUUUUGAAAGUUGUCGAUAUGAUUACGUUA